GGGGAACUCGCCGUGCUCUGGGACAGCCAGCGAGAAACAUCCCGGGAGCAGACAGGUGCACCAAGAACGCUGCUCCUCCGUCCUGCGACCCUGUGCGGCCCGGCCCUGAGGCCCUGGAAUCCUGAGCUCUGGAACAGCCCAUGAGGCUCCCAGUCCCCACUGAGCGCCGCCCUGAAGGAUGUCCCAGCUCUCCUCCACCCUGAAGCGCUACACAGAAUCGACCCGCUACACAGAUGCCCCUUACGGCAAACCGGGCUAUGGCACCUACACCCCGUCCUCCUAUGGGGCCAACCUGGCCACCUCCUUCCUGGAGAAGGAAAAGCUCGGCUUCAAGCCGAGCCCCUCCACCAGCUUCCUCACCCGUCCUGGGAUCUACGGCCCCUCCUCCAUCCUGGAUUUUGACAGGGGCCGCCCCCUGCUGAGACCCGACAUCAUUCGGGGUGGUAAGCGGGCAGAGAGCCAGACCCGGGGCACCGAGCGGCCUUUAGGCAGUGGACUCAGCGGUGGCAGUGGGUGCUCGUAUGGAGUAACCAGCAGCUCCCUCAGCUACCUGCCCAUGAAUGCCUGUGACCAGGGGCUGACCCUGGCCCAGAAGAAGUCGAACAGCCAAUCAGACCUGGCCCGGGAUUUCUCCAGCCUCCGGACCUCAGAUAGCUACCGGAUCGACCCCGGGAACCUGGGCCGUAGCCCCAUGCUGGCCCGCACACGCAAGGAGCUCUGUGCCCUGCAGGGGCUCUACCAGGCGGCCAGCCGCCCCGAGUACCUGGUGGACUAUCUGGAGAACUACAGUCGCAAGGGCAGCGCACCCCAGGUGCUCACCCAGGCCCCUCCCUCACGAGGCGUCCCCGAAGUCCUCAGUCCCACCUACCGACCCAGUGGCCGCUACACACUGUGGGAAAAGAGCAAGGGCCAGGCCCCGGGGUCCAGCCGCUCCAGCUCCCCAGGGCGAGACACCAUGAAUUCUAAGAGCGCCCAGGGUCUGGCUGGUCUCCGAAACCUUGGGAACACGUGCUUCAUGAACUCGAUUCUUCAGUGCCUGAGCAACACCCGGGAGCUGAGAGAUUAUUGCCUGCAGCGGCUCUACACGCGGGACCUCAGCCACAGCAGCAAUGCGCACACCGCCCUCAUGGAAGAGUUUGCAAAGCUAAUCCAGACCAUAUGGACUUCGUCUCCCAAUGACGUCGUGAGCCCCUCUGAGUUCAAGACCCAGAUCCAGAGAUACGCGCCGCGCUUCGUCGGCUAUAAUCAGCAGGAUGCCCAAGAGUUCCUGCGCUUCCUUCUGGAUGGGCUGCACAACGAGGUGAACCGAGUCACGGCGAGGCCCAAGUCCAACCCGGAGAACCUCGACCACCUUCCGGACCACGAGAAGGGGCGGCAGAUGUGGAGGAAGUACCUGGAACGGGAAGACAGUCGGAUCGGGGAUCUCUUUGUUGGGCAGCUGAAGAGCUCCCUGACCUGCACAGACUGCGGCUACUGCUCUACAGUCUUCGACCCCUUCUGGGACCUGUCCCUGCCCAUCGCGAAGCGAGGUUAUCCCGAAGUGACGUUAAUGGACUGCAUGAGGCUCUUUACCAAAGAGGACGUGCUCGACGGCGAGGAGAAGCCGACAUGCUGUCGCUGCCGGGCCAGAAAACGGUGUAUAAAGAAGUUCUCCAUCCAGAGGUUCCCAAAGAUCUUGGUGCUCCAUCUGAAGCGGUUCUCAGAAUCCAGGAUACGAACCAGCAAGCUCACAACAUUUGUGAACUUCCCACUGAGAGACCUGGACUUGCGAGAAUUUGCCUCAGAAAACACCAACCACGCUGUUUACAACCUGUACGCUGUGUCCAAUCACUCCGGAACCACCAUGGGCGGCCAUUACACCGCCUACUGCCGAAGUCCCGCGACGGGCGAGUGGCACACUUUCAACGACUCCAGUGUCACAGCCAUGUCCUCCAGCCAAGUGCGCACCAGCGACGCCUAUCUGCUCUUCUACGAGUUGGCCAGUCCACCUUCCCGUAUGUAGCAGCGGGGAGCUGCGUCCCUCUCCCUUCCCUGUGGUGGCCCACACCCUAAGUUUUUUAAAAAGACAAAAAAAAACCAAAACAAAACAAAAACAAACAACAAAAAACAAACUUGACAAAUAAGAGAAAAAAACUACAAUAAACUGCCGAGCAGGAGUCGACGCAGCCUGGCCGGGGUCUGGAGCAAGGAGCCGGGUGCUCCUGAGCCGUGGCCCGGCGGGGAAGGUGGACUGGACACAGCGCUCCCUCGGCUUCUCUUGUUUGCAUUUUUUAAGCCUGUGGUUUUUGUCCUGUGUGUGAUAAGCAACGCCGUGUGUGGGGAGAAGAUCGCCGGCCACCUGCUGCCCUCUCCAGCCCCCGCGCCUCUGAGAAGACAGCGCCCUCUGGAGCCCGCUGGGAGCAUCGCUGCCUGGAACAGACAAGCCCGUGCCCCUCGCGGCCUGGACCUGCGCACUGGUCCAGAGCGGAAAACACCCGUGAAUGAGCCAAGAGCCCUCUUAACGCUGCUAACUCCAGGGGGACAGACGAAGAAAGGUCUUUCAGAAAAGCAGUUUUUAGUUUUUUAAAGUCCAACUUUUUUUUUAAUGACCCUAACUGAUGUUUCAGCCUGGAGAUGUCUCCUUCACACCUGCCCCACUGGGGUGCUGUACUGGCCCCCCCUUUUUUUUAAUUCUUAAAGUACAACUUCUCUAAUACUAGCCCCCGUGGUGCUGGGUUGGUGUUGGCCAGACCCCAAGCACAGCCACGGUAGACUUGGGAUCUAAACAAGUUUUGGUCAUUGUUGUUGUUUUUGUUUUUUUUUUUUUCUUUCUUUCUUUUUUGUUAAUGUUCUGGAUGGAAUGUAGUUGCCUACAAGAAUUGUGCCUUAUAGCAUUUGGGGACCAGGAGAUGACUGCCCCUCCCUGAGAGCACCCUCCUCCUCUUCCAUCCUCCCCGGCGCCGUGCUCAGACCCACCGGUGCAGAGGGGUCAUGCCCUCUGCCCCGGACGUUGCUGUGCAUUGUGGGGUGACAAGGAGGAAGCGGGCGGAGGGAGGUUUCCUGUGAUAGUGUGCAUCAAGGUUUCCUGCCCACACCCUCCAGCCCAGCCCGCGUCUACGCCCCAGCUCUUCAGAGGAUAGCACAACCCCUGUCCCUUAAGCUGCUCUUGCCUUUUAAUUUAUUCUCUCAGUGAUGUCUGUGCCCCCCUCCCGCCUCCCGCACCCGCCCUUCUCAGAGCCUCCUAGACAGAGGCCCUGUGGACGAGUUUUUCAGGGAUGCCCAAGCUCCUCUGCCUGGGGGCUGGAGCCUGGCUGACUGGGAUUCCUCCCCUGGGGGCUGGAUGUUGCCCUGCGGCACUGGGCGGGACUCUGUGCUGUCCCAGAGAAAGCGGUUCCACACACAGUGUAGAGGUCCGUGUGCCUGGCACAGCCCCGCUGCUGGGCCCAGCCUGUGUCGCUUGCAGCCUGUGGCAUCCCCGGAGGAGGCACCUGAGAAAGACGCCCUGAGUUUAACUGGCCUGACACCCCUCUCCAGGGAAGACCUGGGAACCUGAGCCCGAGGGCUGGUGUACCUUGUUUACUAUGUAAGCAAGAGUAGAAUGUCUCAUGUACAGUGGAACCUUGUACAGAAUAAACGAUAGCUUUGAGAAAUAAGGUGGAUAUGACAGAAGCU